AUGAUCCAGCCAAAAACAUCCGUGUUUUCUUUGCCUCUUCAGUCUUGGCAGCAAACAUCCAGUACCCGCGUACAGAAGUUCGAAGUCCAAGAUGAACAUAAGGUCGGGCGAAAACGACGCCGGUCGGAAGUGGUGGACUUGACACAAGACAGCGAUGACCUGGCAACUACAGACUUUGAAUCAGGCGUCGAAUCAAGUCAAAAUCUCACACAGUAUCCCGUUCUCACUCCUAAUGAAGCACAUCAAUACCGAGUGGCUGGUCUUUCGCUGGACCAAGAGCUUCCUGGAGGAGAUUUUCCCCACGCACCUAUAAAAGAUAGAGACAAGAAGAGAAAACGAUUCAAGAGACUAGCGCGAAAGUUGCAACAACAGUGGCCUCCUAUCUAUCUACCUGGAUCUCAGACAACUGAAAAUACCCUGCAUAUUCAGCACUUGGGUGUUCUCACCACUAUCUUACACCGAUCUCUCUUAGAAGGUGACUUUGUGCGCGCUGGUCGCGUAUGGGGCAUGCUGCUCCAUGAGAGGUUCGGUAAGGACCCGGUGGACAUACGUCACGGAGGUCGAUGGGGCAUCGGUGCUGAGAUAUUAUUUCGCCAGACCMCCGCUGGCACAAAUGCGUCAAAUAACMCCAGCCAUAUCUUCACACGUCCAGGAUUCGAAGCAGCAAAAGCUUACUACGAAAGACUCAUCAUUCAAUAUCCAUCUCGGUCUGCUCGCAGUUCGGCUAGCAGCUCUCUACAGUUCUAUCCCGCUAUGUUUAGUCUUUGGGUGUAUGUUGUCGACUACGAGAGUAAAGUGGCAAGAGACGCUCUUGAGCAGGAAGAGGAUGACAUGGACUCGGAGCCAUCGGCAGAUUUCGGCGCAAACAUGUCAGACGACGACAAUAACGCGCAUCGAAACGGAGGCAUGAUGACCCGAGUCGCCGGUAUUAGGCGCAAGGAAUUAGCUGGAGCACUAGAGAUUGCAGCUCGUAUGGAUGAAAUCAUGGUUGGACCGCCAUAUUCCGACAGUCCGGCACUUUUGCGACUUCGCGGUAUGGUGGCUUUGUGGGUUGGCGACCUUCAAUUGUCGUCAUUGGGCCGUCAGGAAGAGGAUGAUGAAGACGCUGAUAUGUCUGAUGACGAAACCAGGAUGUCCAGGAGUGCCUCUGCUAGUCGUCUUCUUGCAAGCAGAGAAUUGCACAUUGCUUUGGAGAGGCGGGCCAUAGAAAGUUCCAAGGCGAACGAAUUAUUCGAAAAGGCAAAGGCGAGACAGCAAGGCGCGAGCCAAGCCACCGAAGAUCCUGACUUAUGA